CCAUUCAUUAAUCCAGAUAUGGGACAUCUGGAGUUAAUACUAAUUUUAACAUGGAUAUCAGGUUGCUAUACCAUAGACCACAAUGACAUUAGAUACAAUGUGAAACAAAGUGAAGCUGUGUUGGCUUCAUGUGACUUUGACAGAAACGAAGAACCUUUCUGUAACUUCAGACAAGACCCUACAGAUGACUCAGACUGGACGCGUCAUACAGGACCCACCCCAACAUUAGGCACUGGACCGCCAGGAGACUAUCCCAGUGGCUCCGGCUAUUACAUAUAUCACGAGGCUGACAAUGUCGCGAAUGGACAGAAGACCCGUCUGCUCAGUCCGACUGUUAGCAAUGGACCUGCUGAGAUCUGUGUACAGUUCUUCUACUAUAUGUAUGGCGCUGAUGAAGCAAAUACUCUGACUGUCUAUGCCAAACGUCCCAGCACUGAGGAAGAACUAUGGCAGAAAAUCGGCAUCCAAAGCCCAUCAUGGCUUGGGGCUUCUGUUACAGUGCCCAUUCCAGCUGGAGAGAGUGUUCAGAUUGUGUUUGAAGCAAAGCGAGGGCUCACUUCAUCAUGUGACACUGCCCUGGAUGACAUUGUCAUAAGCGAGGGAGCCUGCCCUGGUUGUAUUGCUGGGUGUGAUUUCGAUGAGGGAAACUUCUGUGAUUGGACAAAUGAGGUGACAUCUGAUGAAAUUUUUGGAUGGGAGCAUUGGAAUGGACAGACAGAAACACCAGACACUGGCCCUGAUGAUGACUUCUCCAAACCUGGAUUGGGGAUUUACCUGUUAUUGGACUCCUUGUCUAGUGUAGAAGGUGAGGCAGCUCAGCUCUGGAGCCCCUCUACUUCAGCUGCUUCUUCUGGUUGCUUACAGCUGGAUUUCCAUUACUAUAUGUAUGGCAGUGCCUCCAACAUGGAGCUGAACGUCCAUGUAGUAACAGCUGGUGGGGCACUUGGAGCCCCUAUUUUUAGCCUCAAAGGAAAUCAAGGUCAAGGCUGGAAACCAGCGACGGUUCCCUACAUUGGUUCAGCUGAUGUGCAGUUUGUAAUUGUUGGUGUUUAUGGUGAAACAGACAAGACAGAUAUUGCUAUCGAUAGUGUCUGCAUUACUACUUGUAUAGGUGAAACUCCAACAACAGCACGACCGACCACACCUAAACCAACAACAGCAAGUCCAUCAACGCCCAAACCAACAACACCUAAACCAACAACAGCAAGUCCAUCAACGCCCAAACCAACAACACCUAAACCAACAACAGCAAGUCCAUCAACGCCGAAACCUACAACCCCUAAACCAACAACACCAAAGCCACCUACUACACCACCACCAGUGACAUGUCCUCCAGAUGCUGAGUACAUUGAUUGUGGCCCAGCCUGUAUUCCUAGCUGUGAUCGGCCUUCAACAAAUUGCACAGGUUCAUGCAUCAGUGGCUGCUUCUGUAAACCAGGAUUUGUUUUCCGUGGUCAGCGCUGUGUUCCUAUUGAACAGUGUGGUUGUCUAGAUGAAGACAACAAUUACUUUGAGCCUGGUGAAAUUAUAUUUGGAAAUGGCUGCUCCAAGUUGUGUCGUUGUGCUGGCAACUACACCUUUGACUGUGUGGACAACAGCUGUGAUCCUGUGACAGAAGAAUGUCGUGAGGUUGGUGGCGUUCAUGGCUGCUACCCUAAAGGAACAUCGACUUGUAUUUCUUCUGGUGAUCCUCAUUACACCACCUUUGAUAAACAGCGCUAUGACUUCAUGGGGAACUGCUCCUACCUGAUGUCUGAGCCUUGUAACAGCACAGAUGUGCCGUACUUCGCUGUGUACACAGACAAUGAGAAUCGCUACAACAAUCCUUCAAUCAGCUAUGUAAAAGCUGUGCAUGUCCAUGCAUUUGGAGUGAAAGUGUCCAUUCUGAAAGGAGGAAUUGUGCAGGUGAAUGGUACCAAUGUGAACAUCCCUUUUACUCCUGUCAAUGGCAUUGACAUUUUGAUGGCUGGUGCACAAUACACAGUGGCAUUAAACUUUGGUGUGACUGUACGUUAUGAUGGAAACCACUACAUGGACAUUAAAGUUAUCAAAGACUAUGAGGACAAACUUUGUGGACUGUGUGGAGACUACAAUGGAGACCCUAAGGAUGACUUCCGUACCCCCACUGGUGAACUCGUCCAAAGCCCUAAAGAUUUCGGUAACAGCUGGAACACAGACCCUGAUUGUGAGAAAACAGAGGUUGACCCAUCGCCUGGGUGUACAGAUACUGAACUGGACUUGUAUGAAGGACCUGCUUACUGUGGUAUCAUAUUGGACAGCAAAGGUCCAUUUGCGACUUGCCAUCCAAAAGUCAACCCCAAUGGUUUCUUCAAAGACUGUUUGUUUGAUGUGUGUGAGUUGGAUGGUGCUCAGUCUGCAUUGUGUGAAGCAAUAGAGGCGUAUGUCAAUGAAUGUCAGCAACGGGGUGUCACAAUUGGAUCCUGGAGAAACAGCACCUUCUGUCCUCUUAAAUGUCCAGCCAAUAGUCACUUUGAAUCCUGCGUCCCAAUUUGCCAACCAUCCUGUUACCCAAUUCCACCAAAUCAGUGUACUGGGCCCUGUUCUGAAGGAUGUUUGUGUGACCCUGGGUUUGUCCUUAGUGCUGGACAGUGUGUGAAACAAGAUGAAUGUGGCUGCAUGCGUAAUGGACAGUACUACCAGCCAGGUGAAGAGUUUUACACUAAGGACUGUGAGCAGUUGUGUAAGUGUGAGCCUCCAUUUGUUACCUGUAAUGCUGCUGACUGCCCACCCAUGGAGCAAUGUGGUGUACAGGGUGGAGUCAUCGGGUGUUACCCAGAAGAUUCUCAGGACUGUAUUAUCUCUGGUGAUCCUCAUUAUAACAGCUUUGAUGGCAAAUACUUCACUUUCAUGGGCACUUGCACCUACACUCUGGCACGCACCUGCAAAAACAACACUGGCCCCUGGUCCUCAAUAGAGGGUAAAAAUGAAGAGAGAGGAGUCUCUGGUGUUUCUUACCUGAGGAAACUUUAUGUGACUGUCAAUGGUGUCACUGUGACAAUGAUGAAAAGCAGGAAAACUUUGGUAAAUGGACUCAGGGUUUCCCUCCCUCACUCCCCAUCUCCGCUCAUGUCUCUCUCUCUUGCUGGUCAAUAUGUUAUCCUCACUACUUCCUUCGGUCUGGAGGUGAAAUGGGACGGCAACCAUUAUGCUAAGAUCACUGUUCCCAGUUCCUACUAUGAUCAGAUGUGUGGCCUGUGUGGAGACUAUGAUGGAAACCCCAAUAAUGACUUCACUAAGCCAGAUGGCUCUCAAGCCGAUAGCUCAGAUCAGUUUGGUAACAGCUGGCAAACUGAUGAAGAUGAGGACGAAACAUGCAAGCCUGACACAGGGCCUGACCCACCCUGUGAUCCUGAGCUGGAGGAUCUGGUGUCAAACCCAGAAAACUGUGGGAAAAUAACUGACAACAAUGGACCAUUUAGGGACUGUAUAAAGGUGGUGGAUCCACUGCCUUUCUUCCAGAGCUGUGUGUUUGAUAUGUGCCGUUAUGAGGGACUACAGCAGACUCUCUGUGAUCAGCUUCAAGCUUACACUGAUGCUUGUCUGAGUGCAGGUGCACCUGUCUAUCAGUGGAGGGAGCCAGACUUCUGCCCUCUGGUUUGCCCUCCAAACAGCCAUUACUCCAUAUGUGUGAGCUCCUGUCCAGAGACGUGUCUGGGUAUCAACGGACCACCAGGCUGUAGUGAGAAGUGUGUUGAAGGCUGUGAGUGUAACCCUGGAUUCAUCUUAAGUGAUGAUAAAUGUGUGCCACUUAAAGACUGCGGCUGUGUGGACUCCUCAGACUCCUACCAUCCAGUAAAUGAUAGCUGGUAUGUUGAGGGCUGUACAGAGAAGUGUACAUGUGAGGGUGGAGGAUCUAUUCAGUGUUAUAACACCAGCUGUCUGCCUACUGAGAGCUGCCAGCUUCAGGAUGGAGACUAUGGCUGCAGACCUCUUGCAACACCUAAACCAACAACACCUCAGCCAACUACACCACCACCACCAGUGACAUGUCCUCCAGAUGCUGAGUACAUUGAUUGUGGCCCAGCCUGUAUUCCUAGCUGUGAUCGGCCUUCAACAAAUUGCACAGGUUCAUGCAUCAGCGGCUGCUUCUGUAAACCAGGAUUUGUUUUCCGUGGUCAGCGCUGUGUUCCUAUUGAACAGUGUGGUUGUCUAGAUGAAGACAACAAUUACUUUGAGCCUGGUGAAAUUAUAUUUGGAAAUGGCUGCUCCAAGUUGUGUCGUUGUGCUGGCAACUACACCUUUGACUGUGUGGACAACAGCUGUGAUCCUGUGACAGAAGAAUGUCGUGAGGUUGGUGGCGUCCAUGGCUGCUACCCUAAAGGAACCUCAACAUGUGUUUCUUCUGGUGAUCCUCAUUACACCACCUUUGAUAAACAGCGCUAUGACUUCAUGGGGAACUGUUCCUACCUGAUGUCUGAGCCUUGUAACAGCACAGAUGUGCCGUACUUCGCUGUGUACACAGACAAUGAGAAUCGCUACAACAAUCCUUCAAUCAGCUAUGUUAAAGCUGUGCAUGUCCAUGCAUUUGGAGUGAAAGUGUCCAUUCUGAAAGGAGGGAUUGUGCAGGUGAAUGGUACCAAUGUGAACAUCCCUCUUACUCCGGUCAAUGGCAUUGACAUUUUCAUGGCUGGUGCACAAUACACAGUGGCAUUAAACUUUGGUGUGACUGUACGUUAUGAUGGAAACCACUACAUGGACAUUAAAGUUAUCAAAGACUAUGAGGACAAACUUUGUGGACUGUGUGGAGACUACAAUGGAGAUCCUAAGGAUGACUUCCGUACCCCCACUGGUGAACUCGUCCAAAGCCCUAAAGAUUUCGGUAACAGCUGGAACACAGACCCUGAUUGUGGAAAAACAGAGGUUGACCCAUCACCUGGGUGUACAGAUACUGAACUGGACUUGUAUGAAGGACCUGCUUACUGUGGUAUUAUACUGGACAGCAAAGGUCCAUUUGCUACUUGCCAUCCAAAAGUCAACCCCAAUGGUUUCUUCAAAGACUGUUUGUUUGAUGUGUGUGAGUUGGAUGGUGCUCAGUCUGCAUUGUGUGAAGCAAUAGAGGCGUAUGUCAAUGAAUGUCAGCAACGGGGUGUCACAAUUGGAUCCUGGAGAAACAGCACCUUCUGUCCUCUGAAAUGUCCAGCCAAUAGUCACUUUGGAUCCUGCGUCCCAAUUUGCCAACCAUCCUGUUACCCAAUUCCACCAAAUCAGUGUACAGGACCCUGUUCUGAAGGAUGUUUGUGUGACCCUGGGUUUGUCCUUAGUGCUGGACAGUGUGUGAAACAAGAUGAAUGUGGCUGCAUGCGUAAUGGACAGUACUACCAGCCAGGUGAAGAGUUUUACACCAAGGACUGUGAGCAGCUGUGUAAGUGUGAGCCUCCAUUUGUUACCUGUAAUGUUGCAGACUGCCCACCAAUGGAGCAAUGUGGUGUACAGGGUGGAGUCAUCGGGUGUUACCCAGAAGAUUCUCAGGACUGUAUUAUCUCUGGGGAUCCUCAUUAUAACAGCUUUGAUGGCAAAUACUUCACUUUCAUGGGCACUUGCACCUACACUCUGGCACGCACCUGCAAAAACAACACUGGCCCCUGGUUCUCAAUAGAGGGUAAAAAUGAAGAGAGAGGAGUUUCUGGUGUUUCUUACCUGAGGAAACUUUAUGUGACUGUCAAUGGUGUCACUGUGACAAUGAUGAAAAGCAGGAAAACUUUGGUAAAUGGACUCAGGGUUUCCCUCCCUCACUCCCCAUCUCCGCUCAUGUCUCUCUCUCUUGCUGGUCAAUAUGUUAUCCUCACUACUCCCUUCGGUCUGGAGGUGAAAUGGGACGGCAACCAUUAUGCUAAGAUCACUGUUCCCAGUUCCUACUAUGAUCAGAUGUGUGGCCUGUGUGGAGACUAUGAUGGAAACCCCAAUAAUGACUUCACUAAGCCAGAUGGCUCUCAAGCCGAUAGCUCAGAUCAGUUUGGUAACAGCUGGCAAACUGAUGAAGAUGAGGACGAAACAUGCAAGCCUGACACAGGGCCUGACCCACCCUGUGAUCCUGAGCUGGAGGAUCUGGUGUCAAACCCAGAGAACUGUGGGAAAAUAACUGACAACAAUGGACCAUUUAGGGACUGUAUAAAGGUGGUGGAUCCACUGCCUUUCUUCCAGAGCUGUGUGUUUGAUAUGUGCCGUUAUGAGGGACUACAGCAGACUCUCUGUGAUCAGCUUCAAGCUUACACUGAUGCUUGUCUGAGUGCAGGUGCACCUGUCUAUCAGUGGAGGGAGCCAGACUUCUGCCCUCUGGUUUGCCCACCAAACAGCCAUUACUCCAUAUGUGUGAGCUCCUGUCCAGAGACGUGUCUGGGUAUCAACGGACCACCAGGCUGUAGUGAGAAGUGUGUUGAAGGCUGUGAGUGUAACCCUGGAUUCAUCUUAAGUGAUGAUAAAUGUGUGCCACUUAAAGACUGCGGCUGUGUGGACUCCUCAGACUCCUACCAUCCAGUGAAUGAUAGCUGGUAUGUUGAGGGCUGUACAGAGAAGUGUACAUGUGAGGGUGGAGGAACUAUUCAGUGUUUUAACACCAGCUGUCUGCCUACUGAGAGCUGCCAGCUUCAAGAUGGAGACUAUGACUGCAGACCUCUUGCAACACCUAAACCAACAACACCUCAGCCAACUACUACACCACCACCAGUGACAUGUCCUCCAGAUGCUGAGUACAUUGAUUGUGGCCCAGCCUGUAUUCCUAGCUGUGAUCGGCCUUCAACAAAUUGCACAGGUUCAUGCAUCAGUGGCUGCUUCUGUAAACCAGGAUUUGUUUUCCGUGGUCAGCGCUGUGUUCCUAUUGAACAGUGUGGUUGUCUAGAUGAAAACAACAACUACUUUGAGCCUGGUGAAAUUAUAUUUGGAAAUGGCUGCUCCAAGUUGUGUCGUUGUGCUGGCAACUACACCUUUGACUGUGUGGACAACAGCUGUGAUCCUGUGACAGAAGAAUGUCGUGAGGUUGGUGGCGUACAUGGUUGCUACCCCAAAGGAACCUCAACCUGUGUUUCUUCUGGUGAUCCUCAUUACACCACCUUUGAUAAACAGCGCUAUGACUUCAUGGGGAACUGCUCCUACCUGAUGUCUGAGCCUUGUAACAGCACAGAUGUGCCGUACUUCGCUGUGUACACAGACAAUGAGAAUCGCUACAACAAUCCUUCAAUCAGCUAUGUAAAAGCUGUGCAUGUCCAUGCAUUUGGGGUGAAAGUGUCCAUUCUGAAAGGAGGGAUUGUGCAGGUGAAUGGUACGAAUGUGAACAUCCCUCUUACUCCUGUCAAUGGCAUUGACAUUUUUAUGGCUGGUGCACAAUACACAGUGGCCUUAAACUUUGGUGUGACUGUACGUUAUGAUGGAAACCACUACAUGGAUAUUAAAGUUAUCAAAGACUAUGAGGACAAACUUUGUGGACUGUGUGGAGACUACAAUGGAGACCCUAAGGAUGACUUCCGUACUCCUACUGGUGAACUCGUCCAAAGCCCUAAAGAUUUCGGUAACAGCUGGAACACAGACCCUGAUUGUGAGAAAACAGAGGUUGACCCAUCGCCUGGGUGUACAGAUACUGAACUGGACUUGUAUGAAGGACCUGCUUACUGUGGUAUCAUAUUGGACAGCAAAGGUCCAUUUGCUACUUGCCAUCCAAAAGUCAACCCCAAUGGUUUCUUCAAAGACUGUUUGUUUGAUGUAUGUGAGUUGGAUGGUGCUCAGUCUGCAUUGUGUGAAGCAAUAGAGGCGUAUGUCAAUGAAUGUCAGCAACGGGGUGUCACAAUUGGAUCCUGGAGAAACAACACCUUCUGUCCUCUGAAAUGUCCAGCCAAUAGUCACUUUGAAUCCUGCGUCCCAAUUUGCCAACCAUCCUGUUACCCAAUUCCACCAAAUCAGUGUACUGGACCCUGUUCUGAAGGAUGUUUGUGUGACUCUGGGUUUGUCCUUAGUGCUGGACAGUGUGUGAAACAAGAUGAAUGUGGCUGCAUGCGUGAUGGACAGUACUACCAGCCAGGUGAAGAGUUUUACACCAAGGACUGUGAGCAGUUGUGUAAGUGUGAGCCUCCAUCUGUUACCUGUAAUGUUGCAGACUGCCCACCAAUGGAGCAAUGUGGUGUACAGGGUGGAGUCAUCGGGUGUUACCCAGAAGAUUCUCAGGACUGUAUUAUCUCUGGUGAUCCUCAUUAUAACAGCUUUGAUGGCAAAUACUUCACUUUCAUGGGCACUUGCACCUACACUCUGGCACGCACCUGCAAAAACAACACUGGCCCCUGGUUCUCAAUAGAGGGUAAAAAUGAAGAGAGAGGAGUUUCUGGUGUUUCUUACCUGAGGAAACUUUAUGUGACUGUCAAUGGUGUCACUGUGACAAUGAUGAAAAGCAGGAAAACUUUGGUAAAUGGACUCAGGGUUUCCCUCCCUCACUCCCCAUCUCCCCUCAUGUCUCUCUCUCUUGCUGGUCAAUAUGUUAUCCUCACUACUUCCUUCGGUCUGGAGGUGAAAUGGGACGGCAACCAUUAUGCUAAGAUCACUGUUCCCAGUUCCUACUAUGAUCAGAUGUGUGGCCUGUGUGGAGACUAUGAUGGAAACCCCAAUAAUGACUUCACUAAGCCAGAUGGCUCGCAAGCCGAUAGCUCAGAUCAGUUUGGUAACAGCUGGCAAACUGACGAAGAUGAGGACGAAACAUGCAAGCCUGACACAGGGCCUGACCCACCCUGUGAUCCUGAGCUGGAGAAUCUGGUGUCAAACCCAGAGAACUGUGGGAAAAUAACUGACAACAAUGGACCAUUUAGGGACUGUAUAAAGGUGGUGGAUCCACUGCCUUUUUUCCAGAGCUGUGUGUUUGAUAUGUGCCGUUAUGAGGGACUACAGCAGACUCUCUGUGAUCAGCUUCAAGCUUACACUGAUGCUUGUCUGAGUGCAGGUGCACCUGUCCAUCAGUGGAGGGAGCCAGACUUCUGUCCUCUAGUUUGCCCUCCAAACAGCCAUUACUCCAUAUGUGUGAGCUCCUGUCCAGAGACGUGUCUGGGUAUCAACGGACCACCAGGCUGUAGUGAGAAGUGUGUUGAAGGCUGUGAGUGUAACCCUGGAUUCAUCUUAAGUGAUGAUAAAUGUGUGCCACUUAAAGACUGCGGCUGUGUGGACUCCUCAGACUCCUACCAUCCAGUGAAUGAUAGCUGGUAUCUUGAGGGCUGUACAGAGAAGUGUACAUGUGAGGGUGGAGGAACUAUUCAGUGUUAUAACACCAGCUGUCUGCCUACUGAGAGCUGCCAGCUUCAGAAUGGAGACUAUGGGUGCAAAGCUCUUGAUACUGGCAUUUGUUCAGUUUCUGGUGACCCUCAUUACACUUCCUUUGAUAAGAAAGUGCAUCAUUUCAUGGGCGCCUGCUCCUACACUGUUACUAAGCCUUGUAAUGAGACCUCCGGCUUGCAGUACUUUUCUGUCGAGACACAGAACGAGCACAGAGACAAUAACAAGAAAGUAUCUUAUGUACAAUCUGUUAUCAUCCAUGUCCACAACACAAAGGUCAUUUUGGGCAAAGGCCGUAAAGUUCAGGUGAAUGGAGUUCAGGUCACUGUGCCUGUCACACUUCCUAAUGGAAUUAAGAUCUUCCUAAGUGGCAAAUUUGUGGUGCUCGACACAGAUUUUGGAUUACGUGUCCGUUUCGAUGGAAAUCACCAUGCUGAUGUUGCCCUGCCUUCCUCCUAUAGCGGACUGUUAUGUGGACUUUGUGGAAACUAUAAUGGUAAUCCUAAUGAUGACAACAUCAAGUCAGAUGGGAAACCAACCGACAGCACCAAUGAGCUUGGAGAAAGCUGGCAGGUGCCCGAUGACAGACCAGAUUGUUCUCAUGGUGGUGGAGACAUUGAAUGUGAUGAUAAAAUUGAAAGUGAAGCUCAGAAACCUACCAGCUGUGGCAUGAUCACUGACCCCAAUGGAAUCUUUAAACCAUGUCAUGCAGUGGUGCCCCCCAAUCCUUACUUUGAGAGUUGUGUGUUUGAUCAGUGUGGCACGGGUGGCAGUGCAGUGGCCUUGUGUCAAGCUAUUGAAAGCUAUGCUGACAUAUGCGCUCAAGCUGGGGUGUCAAUUAACUGGAGAAAUAACACUUUCUGUCCUAUUAAAUGUCCUGUUGGUAGUCACUAUGAGCCGUGUGGUUCAGCGUGUCCAGCCAGUUGUCAGGACCCUGGAUCUGAAGGCAUCUGUUCUGAGCCUUGUGUUGAGGGAUGCGUGUGUGACCCUGGUUUAAUACUGAGUGGAGACAAGUGUGUGGCCUUUAGCGAGUGUGGCUGCACUGACAGAGACAACAACUACAGGCCUGUUGGAGACAGUUGGUUCACGAAAGAUGACUGCACAGAGCGUUGUGUGUGUUCACCAUUCAACACUGUAAAAUGUGAGGCAUGGCAGUGUGGUCCUGCUCAGGAAUGUAAGGUCAAUCAAGGUCAACUGGGCUGCGUGAACACAGGAGUGGGCAUUUGUCACAUCGCUGGUGAUCCUCACUACUACACCUUUGAUGGCAUCAUGCAUACCUACAUGGGUACCUGCACUUACACGCUAGUGGCGAUAUGUAACAGCUCUAUGGUGACACCCUUCACCAUCGUGGCUAAGAACGAAGAACGCGGUCUGCCAGAAGCUUCGUAUGUUCGCUCUGUGACCAUCCAUCUGCCCACUGCCAACAUCACUCUCAGCAAAAGCGGCAGAGUAUUGCUCAAUGAACGUAGGAUAAAGACCCCCUAUGACAUCAAAGAAGCCAAGGCGAAAGUGUUUGCUAGUGGAGUAAACAGCGUACUAGACACUGACUUUGGUCUGAUUGUGAAGUUUGAUGGAGUGCACCACAUCGAGAUCACAGUGCCAGGAGACUAUUUCAACAAGGUUUGUGGUAUGUGCGGUAACUACAAUGGAGAUUCCUCUGAUGACGACUUGAUGCCCAACGGCAAACCUGCCAAGGAUGUCAUAGAGCUUGGCAACAGCUGGAAGGCGGAGGGAGACAGUGAUCCUGGCUGCCAGCCCGACUUACGACCUGAUGUCCAUCCCAACUGUGAUCAGAAUGAAGAAGAAAUCUACAGGUCACAGUGUGGAGAGACAAUCCUGUCCGACCGCUUCAAGCCCUGUCACUCUCUCAUUCCUCCAGAGGCCUUCCUUGGAAACUGUGUCUAUGACAUGUGUGAAUAUGAUGGCAUGCAGUCCACUCUUUGCGAUAACGUUGAGGCUUACGCACAGGCCUGUCAGAGCAGCGGAGUCACCAUCAGCUGGAGGAACAACACCUUCUGUCCUCUCCCAUGCCCUCCCAACAGUCACUAUUCUGACUGCACCGUGCCAUGUCCUCCCACCUGUGCCGACCUCUUUUCCAUAUUCUGCCCGUUGCCGCCAAACAGCUGCGUAGAAGGCUGCCAGUGUAAUGCAGGUUUUGUGUUAAGUGAUGGGAAGUGUGUCCCACUCUCGAGCUGUGGAUGUGUUGACAGCACUGGAGAAUAUCAUGAUGUGGGAGAUUCGUGGGUAACAGAUCAUUGCAGCCAGAAGUGCAGCUGUAGUCUUGGAGGGCAGCUGUCUUGCAAGCCAUUUGAAUGUGACGACAACUCAGUCUGUGCUUUAGACAACAAUGGAGACCGUUACUGUAAACCUGAGAAAUUUGAUGACUGCAAUAUUGCUGGAGACCCUCACUAUCGCACCUUUGACAAAUUCAAUCACCAUUACCAAGGACCCUAUACCUAUGUACUAACCCAAAGCAACAGUCCACUCAGCUCCCUCACACCUUUCACUGUCCGCGGCAAAAACCAACGGCAAGGAGGCCUGAGUCGCGUGUCUCUCCUUCGUGAGGUGUAUGUGGACGUGUAUGGAAUCACUGUUCGCAUGCUUCAAAAAAAGAAAGUGCUGAUAAAUGGUGAGAACAUUUCUCCACCCUACAGUCCUGUAAAGGGAGUUAGCAUAAAAAUGAAGUCUCGCUUUGUUAUGCUCUCAACUGACUUUGGCCUUUCUGUGCGCUUCGAUGGCAAUAUACAAGCAGUGGUGACUCUGCCCAGUGUAUACAAAUCUCGUGUGCUUGGACUGUGUGGAAAUUAUGAUGGACGCUCCAAUAAUGACUACACAAAACCAGACGGCACAGUUGUCCGCAACCUCAAUGAGUUUGGAGACAGCUGGAGAGUGAAUGAUAAAGAUGCAAUGCUUAUUCGCACCCCGGUACUACCAAAAGUGGUACACCUGCACAAGCGUGAAGUGGAAGAAGAUCCAGAUUCAGGCUUCGAGACGACCGGCUGCACGGAAGCUCAGCUGAAUGAGUUAAAUGGGAAUAAACAGUGUGGGGCUCUCAGUGACCCUGCAGGUCCUUUUGCUGACUGCAAUGCUCAGAUUCCUCCAGACAUCUUCCAAGAGGACUGUGUGUUUGACCUGUGUGCUGAGCAGGGCAGUGAAGUACUGCGCUGUGAAAAUUACGCUGUCUACGCUCGGGCUUGCCAAGAUGAGGGGGUCAAACUGGGGCCGUGGCGACAACAGCUUGGUUGCGUUUUGGAAUGUGGGCCCAACAGCACUUAUUCAACCUCAAUGACUCCGUGCCCGGCGUCCUGUGCUGAUCUGGCAGCUCCUUCAGAUUGUGAGCAGACACAGCUUUUGGAGGGAUGUCAAUGUAACCCUGGAUUUGCUCUGAGUGACAACGACUGCGUGCCUUUCAACCAGUGUGGGUGCACAUAUCUGGGUCGCUACUAUGCGCUGAAGGAAGUGUUCGUAACAGAGGACUGUUCACAGAGCUGUGAAAGUACCACCACUGGUGCUGUGUGCCAACCAAAGGGCUGUGGAGACAUGGAGAUCUGCACUGUGUUUGACACCAGACGUGACUGUUAUAAAUUGAGUCCGUGUUUGAGUUCACCCUGUCUGAAUGAUGGAACCUGUGAAGAGACGUCCGAUGGCUCUGGGUACACCUGCAUGUGUGCUGAGGGUUUUGAGGGCAAAGAUUGUGAGAUCUUCAAAACACCGGCUGAAGAAGGCUUAGAUCUAACAAGUAUUAUUUUGAUCGGAGUCUUUGUGCCCCUUGGCAUCAUUCUAAUAAUCACAGCAACCGCGUGCAUGUGCAAGAGAUGCAGUCGCAAAAAGAAGAGCGAUUCAAGGAGAAUUGAGCUGAAGGAAACGGAUCAUCACUAUAAAAAUUUGGAUUCUGAUAAGCAGCAGGAGACAAACAAUGAAGUGCUUCACUAUACAACAUUCUGAUUUGCAACAUUAAUCUGCUGAUAAGCAAACAUUUGUGUCUGUAUUUAUUGACUUUUGAAUGUGUCAAUUUUGAAUGUGUUUGGGAAUAUGUGCAGUAACGGGCAAUUCCCCAAUUUCUGUUAAUGUGCUGUAACUUAUUUUUAAAAGUUCUUUUUAAAUCAUUUUUAAUGUAUUAUGAUUGGGGGAAUACAUGCAAUUAUAAAAUGUUUGUGAAUAAAUUAAAAUAAAUUGUUUUUACUACCAACAUACUUCAAAUACUAACACAUUUCUGGAUUUUUUUGAAAAACAAGCAAAAAAGACAAUUUAUGCCCUUGUUGCAUUUAUUCAAGUGCAACGAUCCAAAAAUCAACACCACACGUUUCCAACAACUCUGACACUUGUGAGUUUAAACAGUGUUGUACUUCAAGGCAUAACAGGAGAAAAUAAAAGUGAACUUUCUUUAUCAGCUAUCUAAAUGAUUAAGGAGUGCCAAAAGACUGUUCAUCUAGAGGA